AUGAGAAAUUUCAAAUUUCUCGCGGUUCUGGCCUCGUUUUCUUCCGCCCAGGAAGAUUCCUGGUCUCAGGAUUACCUGAAUAACCCGAGAGACUACUACAGAAAUCCGUGCCCAAAGACCAGGCCGACUGAUUUGUGCAACGCUUUUGACGAGUAUGUUUGGAAAAAGGACGGAUACUACAGUUACGAGUUGAGAGAGACGUACACUCAGUUCAAGGAUAUCACUGGAUACGCGUUUUUGCUCAAGUCGCAAAAAUGGCUGAAUGAGUCGGUUUAUUACAUCGACAACGAUGGUCCCGAUCAUCCCGAGCGAACUGUGUGGAAGCACUGGGUCAAUGUUUGGGUCCCUAAUGACAAAAUCCUCGACAAGAAGCUUCUCGGCUCGGCUCUCAUGCUCAUCGACGGCAGCGGCAACAGCAACAACCCGCCGAAUCUGAUGGACGACAUGCUUCAAUACGGCCGUUUCUUCGCUCGAACAACAGGCAAUGUGUUUGUCGGAAUCAAACAAGUGCCAAACGAGCGCUUGAUUUUCCUCAACGACUGGAAGUGCAAGCGAACGGAAGAUGCUAUCAUUGCCAUAACUUGGCGUCACUUUCUCGAUUUUCCAGACGAGCCAGAGUGGCUCCUCAGAUUUCCAAUGACAAAAGCAGCUCUGAGGGCAAUGGACAUGGUCUCAGAAUUUGUUCAAGACGAAUUUGGCUGGCCGGAGAUAGACAAAUGGGGUGUCACAGGUGCUUCAAAACGAGGCUGGACAACUUGGAUGACAGCUGCUGCUGACCCUGAGCGAGUGGUGAUGAUAGCUCCGAUCGUUCUUGACUUUUUAAAUAUGGAUGAUAUAAUGCAUCAAAUGUGGCGAAAUAUGGGCAACUGGACCUUUACAUUUACGGAUUAUUGGUACGAAGGUAUUAACGGAAGAAUUGAUGAUCCAAAUAUGCGACCAAUGAUGGACCUCAUUGACCCUUUUACUUACAAAGAUCGUUUCACGAUGCCUAAAGUGGUAAUUUCUGCGACCGGAGACGAGUUUUUCAUGCCUGACGAUAUCAAUCUUUGGUGGGAUGAGAUGCCAGAGCCGAAAUUUAUCCGAAUGAUGCCAAAUACUGAUCACAGUACCCUUCUCAAUGGAAUCUCCAACCCUCAUCUCGCCUUCACCAUUCGAUCAACCUUCCUCGCCGCCGUGAAAGAUCAACCUCUUCCGGAGUUCACUUGGGAGCUUACAGAAGAUGCAGCUUCUCGAAAAGGACGAAUCGACCUCUACGUUACUGGACAGAUUCAGCCGUCGAUGAUCUUUGGUUGGAUGGGCGACAAUCUGUCGAGAUUCAGAAAAGAUUUCAGAGUUGCCGGAGUUCGAAAUAAUGAAAAAGGAAAUUAUCUUCUUCCAGACAUGCCGAACGAGCCUGACGGAUAUCCAGGACCUUGCCCUGAGGGAUCUGUAUGCCCAGAUGCUUGUGCUGGUCGCUCAGCGGAGGAUGACGAAGAAGAAGUUGAGCUUGAACUGACUGAUAAGGACAUCGAUGAGGACAGUAUGUACGAUUUGUACAAAGCCUUCAAUCUGACAGGAGAAUACACAUCUUCGAAAGCACGCGGCCAUGGACAAUUCGAUCCUUCCUGGACCGCUCCUAUGAUCAAACCGGAAGAUCUUAUUAAUUUCCAAGCGCAAUUGAAUACCUUCCGAAAAACCAUGGCGACUCAGAUUGCCGAGAACCAUUGGGUUAUCGAACUGGAAGAAAACCCAGAAACCUACCGAGCAUUUUUCUUCGAGAUCGCUUUCCCUGGCCCAGAUGGAAUUCACGGAUUUGAGUACACUUCCGAAGUUCAAAUUAUCCCCGCAGUCCGACCAUUUGAAGAUUGUGUUGGAGAAGGUUGCCAAGGAUCUUUUAUUUAA